ACCUAACAAUGUCCUUUCCUUCACAGUGAGUUGAAUUCCAAGCUACAAGACACGCUGGAGCAAAUAGAGGAGCAGCUGGAUGUGGCCUUGUCUAAAACCUGCAAGCACUUUGACGUCUCCCACUACACCAGAGUUCAGCUGGCGUACACCCUCCUGGAAAAGACCCAGACGGCCAUGGACCAGCUCCACAUGCACUUCACCCAGGCCAUCCACAACACUGUGUUCCAGGUGGUUCUGGGAUACGUGGAGCUCUGUGCUGGCAACGCCGACACCAAGUUUCAGAAGAUGCAGUACAAAGAUCUCUGCACGCACAUCACUCAAGACAGCUAUGUCCCCUGCCUGAGCGACCUGUGCAAGGCAUUGUGGGAGGUGAUGCUCAGCUACCACCGGACCAUGCAGUGGCAUGAGGAGGACGACAAGGAAGAGGCCCCACCCACCACAGAUGAAGUGGGCGCUGCAGACACCGAGGAGGCGGUUGUGGACCAUAGCUAUGUAAAGAAGAAGCUGGAGCAUGGACUCACUCGAAUCUGGCAGAUAUUCUCCGACGACGAAAAAGAAGAAUGCCUGAAACAGCCGGCCAUGCCUCAAAACUACAUCACAUAG